AUGGCUCAGUUUUGGAACCCUGCUAAUAGUUGUUUCACUUUCAAGAAGGUGAACUUGGUGCCCACUAUGGAAGAAUAUACCACCUUGCUUCACUAUCCAAAGAUCCAAGUCUGCAAAGCUUACUCUAAGGCCACUAAUGUCCCAACUUUUGUAAAGAAGUUAAUGAAUAUUACUGGGAUGAAUGAACAGUGGGUUACAGCUCGUAUUCAGCAAAAAUGGGAUAGUAAAUGCAUUCCUUGGGUGAGUUUGAGGGGCUUGAUCCUAGCACAUCCAGAUGUAAAGAAGAAAGUUGACACGUUUGCCUUGAGUAUUUAUGGUUUUGUAGUCUUUCCUAAAGCUUUAAGGCAUAUAGAUGAAGCAGUCGCUGAUUUAUUUGAUCGACUUGAUAAAAGUGUCACACCUGUACCAGCAAUUCUAGCUGAUACAUUCAGAUCUUUGAACAUGUAUCGGAGGGCAGGCAAAGGCAGAUUUAUUGGAUGGGCACAGUUAUUAUUGGAGGAAGCAGAUACACAAAUGAGGGACGACAUAUCAGAGGAAAGGUGGAUGGCAAUUCUUCAAAAUCUCAAAGAGGAGGAUGUUGAAUGGAGAGCCCUUUGGAUGGUCCUCGACAAGAUCCUUUAUCGGUGUGGGAGUUUUGAUUGGGUACCUUUGCUUGGAAUUUGGGGAGCUGUUGGACAUGCCCCUUUACUCGUAUUAAGAUGGUUUAGUAAAAGGAUUAAUGAUAAUAUCCCUAGGCUAUGUUUAGAGGACGCUCGAUCAAUGGAGGAAUACUUGCAAGUGGUCCCAUCAGAGCUAGAGAUUAUAAGGCAAGACUUCUAA